AUGUACCACUCUAGGCUGCUAUCACUGUCACUCCUCCCAGCGGUAUCAUAUACACAAUUGGCCCCCAUCGAUGUGCGCGAGGCAACCAUCUCCAGUCUUCACGGCUCUCUUUACUCCAGGCUCACGACAUGCCGCGACAUCGUGAGUGCGUUUGUCGCGCGCAUCGAGCGAUUCAAUCCGAGCAUCAACGCAAUCAUCGCGUUGAACCCUGAUGCCCUCGAAAUUGCCGAUGGUCUCGACGAAGCUCUCUCGCGAGGCAACACCACUGGUCCGUUGUUCUGCAUCCCGAUUCUCCUGAAGGACAACUAUGAUGCACUGCCCAUGCCCACCACCGGUGGUUGUCUGGCCUUGAACGCCUCGAAACCCACCCACGACAGCCCGACAGUAGCUGCAUUGCGGCGCGCGGGGGCCGUGAUCCUAGGAAAGUCGAACCUGCACGAACUUGCGCUCGAGGGACUGUCUGUGUCCAGUCUGGGCGGACAGACCCUGAACCCAUACGACUUUGCGCGCACGCCGGGAGGCAGUUCCGGCGGGACAGGCGCGGCCAUCGCAGCUUCGUUCGCCGUCUUCGGCACAGGCACCGACACAGUCAAUUCGCUGCGUAGCCCGGCGAGCGCCAACAGCCUGUUUAGCUUCCGGCCGACACGCGGGCUGAUCUCACGAGCCGGGGUCGUCCCCAUCUCCUAUACGCAAGACACGGUCGGCGCAAUCGGCCGGUCUGUAGUGGACAUCGCAACGGCGUUGACCGUCAUGGCCGGCGUAGGAUACGACCCGGCGGACAACGUCACGUCCGCGAUCCCGCCCUCGGUGGCUGGCGCCGACUACACAUCCUUCCUGGCGCCAGGAACGCCGACCAGUCUCAAUGGAACCCGCAUCGGCGUGCUCGAAGGCUUCUUCAACCGCACAAGCAGCAACGAGACCGACCCCGUGAACCAAGCCAUGGACCAUGUGAUCGUGAUGCUCCGCUCACAGGGCGCUACGGUCAUCAAUAUUACCGACACCAGCACGUACAACGCGACAGCCAUCAGCGCACAGAUGGACGUACAGCAGCUGGAGUACCGCGAAAUGCUCAGCGCCUAUCUAUCUUCGCCGAACCUGACGGGGAUUCAUCCGGCGACGAUGCCUGAGCUGUACCACACGAAGCACGAAUUCGUUGUCAGCCCGGCGCAAUACUCGUACGUAGAAACAGCACUACGCUCUUCCACCGCCAACAGCAGCUACUCGGCCAGGCAGACGCUGAUCGCGAACCUGACACGGGCGCUGCACGCCACCAUCGUCUCCAACCGCCUCGACUGCCUCAUCUACCCGGAACAGAAGAACCUGGUCGUCCCCGUAGGCUCGCCGUCGCAGUCCGGCCGCAACGGCAUUUUGGCCGCCUUGACCGGAAGCCCCGUCAUCACAGUGCCGGUCGGCUUCUCGCCCUCUACGGCCUCCGCUCCGAUCGGCAUACCCAUCGGCAUGGAGAUUCUGGGCUUGCCAUGGACAGAAGGUCCGCUGCUGCGCCUGGCUCAGGGGUUCGAUGAUCGCUUGCACGCCCGCAGGAUGCCCGUGACCAACGGGUUGAACGCGACAGUCGAAGUGACCAGUGCAUAUACCGAGAUCCCGCACAUUACGCCUCUGAAGAACAUUCCUAGCGUUUAUCCAUUGGGCGUUUAUUGA